CAAAUCUCAUAAAUCUCAUAAAUCUUAAUAAUCUUAAUAAUCUUAAUAAUCUUAAUAAUCUUAAUAAUCUCAAAGCAAAAAUUUCUUUAAUCAACAAAAACUCAAUAAUUCUUCAAGUAAUCAUAUUCUAUCAAUUUACUACUAUUAUCAUCAACAUUACUUAUCUUUAGCCUAAUCCUAAUCCUAAUCCUAAGACUAAGACUAACCACAUUUUUAUUACUAUCCCAUCAUGAGCAAAUUAACCGACCAACUCAGCUCCACUAUGAUGGAUGAUAACGAAGUCGAAAGAAUUAUUUUUAGCAAGCCCGCCAAAACUCUAGAGAAUUACAACACCGUUCGUCAAAAUAUCACAAAACUAUUACCUUCCUCUUUUUCUUCUGAUGAAUCUCUUGAUGAUGAUGAUGAUGAUGAUGAUGAAGACGACGAUGAUAAUCAAUCCGAUGAAGUUAGCUUAACCGACAUGGUCGAAGACCAUAACGAAGACCAAUUUUAUUCUUAUCAUGAAACAACUUCUAACAAUUUAAACAUUAAUUCUAAUGAUUCCAUCUCUAAAUUAUCUCAAGAUCAAGAACACCAAGAAAAGAUUUCAAACACUGAUCAAAACCAAGAUCAAGACUCUUCAAAUAGAUCAAAUGAAAAAGCCCCAUUUCGUGGUCGUCCAUCAUCUUGUGUCUUUGUCGCAAGUUUAGCUGCAACCAAAUCCGAUAAUGAGUUAUACAAUUCUGUGUUUAAUCAUUUCAAAAAAUGGGGUGAAAUAGCCGUUAAAGUCUUAAGAGACCCUUCAAAUAGACCAUAUGCUUUUGUUCAAUACACUAAUGAUGAGGACGCUAAAAAGGCUCUCAGAGAAGCUCAACACUCAAUGCUAGAUGGUAGAUCAAUUCGUUGUGAACCUGCUAAAGUUAACAGAACUUUAUACAUUGCAACCAAUUCUGGUUAUGAUCUUCAAUCAAAUGAUGUUUGUGAUAUGAUGGAGGAAUAUGGUGAAAUCGAACAGUUAGUUGGUAAUAAUAGUGAUAUUAGAACAAGUAUCUUGCCAAUUAAUCAUCAUGAUCCAAAUAGUAUUACUUUAAAUAAAGCCUGGUUUGUGAAAUUUGCUUAUAGAGAUGAUGCAAUUAGAGCUUAUGUUAAUCUAUAUCGCAACCCAGAAUGGAUUGUUCAAUGGGCUAAAAAUAUUGAAGCUCCUGAUGAAACCAUUAACGAAAUUACAAUUGAUAAAAAUUCAAUUUAUGUGGGCCAAUUGGAUUCAAGGGUUACCAAAGAAAAAUUAGAAGAAAGAUUUAGCGCCCAUGGAAAGAUUGCUGACAUUAGUUUGGUUCAAAAACAAACGAAUAAUUUUGCAUUUAUUAAGUUUGAAAAUGAGAUUUCUGCUGCUGCUGCCGUUGAAAGAGAAAACCAUGCCAUCUUUAUGGAUAAAACAAUGCAUGUCCAAUAUAAAGAGAUGCACCAUCACAAUAGACAUAAUCAGUAUAAUUUACAAAAUAAUCAUCAUAGAUACAGUGCUGGCAGUAUUUAUAAUGAGCAACAGCUAACACUCGCACCUCCUCCAAUCAACUUGCCAGUUAAAAGGGCUUUAAACAAUCAAGGUUUAUAUAAUAUGAAUCAAAAAAUCCCUCCACCAAUUACUUCUCAUGAUAACUCCUCAAUUGGCAGUAUGGCUUUAAAGGCUCCAAUGGGGCAAUUUAGUUUAAUACCACCACCACCUUCUAGUAAUCAAAAUAACUCAGAGAUUUUCAAUUCUUCACUUUCUAAUAUUCAAACAUCUCAAAGAAGAAGCUUUUCAAAUCGUGGUAAUCGUUCAGUGAGUUAUAACAACAACCGCUCACUUGGAAGUUCGAAUUAUCCUUAUAACUCAAAUCAUUAUGCUUCUAAUCAAUCAAAUUAUAAUAACUAUUCAUCUUCAAAUAGUUUUUCUUCAAAAAAUAAUCUUAGAUAUGCCUCAUCAAAAAACAAUUUGUCAUCUUAUAAAGAUUAUUCUACUUAUUCCAGUUCUGACAAGGAUCUAGCUCAAAAUUCAAGACCUUAUUAUCAAGUAAACCAAAGCCAAAAAAGAGUAAGCUCAAACACAAUAAACUCAUUAAUUCAAAACUCGGCUUCAGCAAACUCUUGGAUUGAUAAAAAUAAUUCAGUUACAUCAACUCCAACUCCUUCUAAUAAAAACAAAAAUCCAAAUUCAAGUACCGGAAAAUCACCAACUUCAUCCCCUUCCAACCGCUCAAAUAAUUCAUCACACAUGCUACCAAAAUCAUUAUAUUCUCCUUCAACUGCAAUUUCUCAUGAAAACUCCAAUGAUAAAGUCGAACAAGGAACAACCACUACAAACAGUCAACCCAACAAUUUGUCAGAUUAUUCAAAGUUUAAUACAAGCACAUCUAAUAAAGCUGUAUCACCGGUUUCCCCUUCUUAUUUUUACUACAUGCCAAAGGAAAUUUAUGGUUUUGACCCAAAUGCUAUGCCACAAUCUUCUGCAGGUGGUGGUUACUAUCCAUAUACUCCAAAUUACCAAUAUUAUUAUGAUCCAGCUGGUGUCGAUUACUCCCAGGGACCACCUAUACCAUCCUAUUACAUGUACUAUCCACCAAUGAGAUUAAACAGUAGCAAUGGUAUGAACAUGAGAAAUGUUUCAGUAACUACCAAGGGAAGCACUCAUCCCUCAGUUUUUAGUAAUGCAUCACCAUCAACAUCCAAUAAUCCCCAGAGCACAAUCUCAGGAGCUAUUACUAAAGAUGAAGGUCCCGAAUAUUAGAUAAAUUGAAUACCUCAAUACGAAUUAAUCUCGAUAGUUUGAAUUCCAGUGGAGCUGGUGAUUUUGGUAUUUUUUUGAUGAAUGAAAAUUGACGGUAUUGUUUUCUGGGAGUUUAAUUGUUUUUUUCUGUCUAUUCAAGUUUUUCUUAACUUUUACUUCUUUUUACUGUUUUUUUUGAUUACUGAAUAGUAAAGUGUUUUUUAUGAUCCGGGGUUGUUUUUUUUAGAUAUUUUCGACUUUACUAUUCAACUUUUGAUUCUAUUGGUUAUGAUUCAAAUUCAAUUCUCGCUAGAUAUUUUGACAUCUUUUUUUAAUUUCUUCCAUUUUGAAUUAUUUUAAUAUCUUACUCCUUUAUUCUUUUGUUUGGUUUUGAUUAUUUUCUGAUGGACUAAUUGGAAAAUAUUGAGCAAUCAGUUAAAAUUGAAAAAAAUAUUAAUUUUUGAAAUG